GGUGCUCGCCGUGCGCCACAAUAGCCACAAUAGCACAAGCCUGAUAUGAACGCCCACUGAAUCUGGGGGUACCAAUGGACGUCUGCAACAGCCUCCCGAGAUGGUCAACAAUGCCCACCUCAUCCAGUCUCUUCUUCGUCAGCUCCAACAGUCUGAAUCCGAUCCAUCGUCUUCAAUGGUGGUGAGAGAGCGAGUUCAAUCGGAACCUUGCCUACUUGCUCGUCUUCCUUCAACCGCCUUCAUACAGCGUGAGGCCGAGCAGUUAGCUCCAAAGGCUAUCAUCAAGCAGCUGAGACACACUCCGCCGAGCUCUCCUGAGCUAGAUGCGGCAAGUCCCCUACCCGAGGAAAGUAUCGAAGGAGAAGUCGAGGAGGAACAGCCUGUGCCACAGACGCCACAGGAAGAAGAAACAAUUCCCUCGCCUAGCAGGGCGAAGAGCCUCUCAUCUGUUCUCUCAUCCAUCUCUUUACCGUCUCCCAACUUCUCGUUACGCCGUUCUUCACGUAGUGUUGCGUCCACAGGAACAAGACCAUGGAAGGAACCUGAGCCAUACGAGGUGUUCCGCGCGGUUGAGAAGAAGGACAUCAUGUUUCUGAUGGAAGUGCGAGACAAGGCAUUUCAUCUUCUCCUACGCAAGAACGGUGAUGCGUCGCCCUUGCUGCACUGUAUCCGCAUAGGCAAGUCCCACCAAGAAGUUGCCAUCGUGCUACUAGGUGCCUUUUCGCGAUAUAUCAACAAUCUGCAAGAUGAUGAGAUCAAUCUGCCACGCACGAAGAUGCUGCUCAAGGCGCUACGAGUGAAUCUCCGACUUGCAAUCGAUCUAGGGCUGCAGACGUCUCAGAGCGACCUCAUUGCUUCCUUUUUGCAAACGCUCAUUAUGAGCGAAGGCGACAAAUGGGUUUGGGCGCAGACAGGUAAUGUUGCAUCCGCACUGCGUGCAGGCACAGCAGGCAAGCCCGUGAAGACCGCCGAAGAUGCUGUGAGAGGUUUUGCUACGAAGGAACUGGGGAAGGCGAAGCUCAUUGCAGCAUUUGAAGACUAUGUCGGGAAUGCCACUACAGAUCUUCUUAUGAUGGGUGCGUGGUCGCUGGUCAUGGAUCAUGUCCAAGCAGAGCUCAUUCCGAGUUGGUAUUUUGCCCGGGAUGACCGCGUGUACAAGGCCUUCGUGGAACGGCUUGACCGUCACAAAGCAGAUAUCAGCCGAGUCAUCGGACGCCGCCUUCGUUGGCAGUUGCGAGUCUUGCGCCAGGUCCUGGAAGGCAGGAGUACGAGUUACCACAGCAAGGUGCAAAUGCUGGCCGAGGAGUUCGAUGAAGGGGAAGGAGUCUGAAGAUGUUUCACAGUUUCAUUUCAUCUCAACACGGACUUGGAUCGCAGAUUAUAUUCGCACGGCACCUGCUUGAACAUCGCAAAAUGGUAAUGAUUCUUCUUUGCCGCCUGACCUGCUAUGACCACGAAGAGCCAUGGAGACUCGCAUUCCUUGUUUUCAAUAUGGCCUAGAAACCUAGCAAUGCAUCAAGCAUGCUCAUACAAGGUGCUAUCCGGGUAUGAGCCCACAACCCGUCUGAUGGCGUAUUAUUGAGCAAAGAUCAAGUAUCUUCCAUGA